GAUAGUUAUUAUUAACCGUUUAUAACACAAUUUUAUUUAAGAACAAGUCCUUCAAAUAAUGACGGUGCCAUCUUUUUCAGUUUCUUACAUUAACGGUUUGCAUUAUUUUCAUUUGCAAACCAAUAUUAUCGACUUAGAAUAUUUUGGCACAAAAUCAGUCCGAUGAUUAUUUGCUUGAUGAGGAAAUACAAAUAAUGAUAAAACUUAAUUGUAAUCAUUAAACAUCUUGUAAUUAGCUGCAAUACUACAAUAAAUAAAUGUUAAUGUAAAUCACUUUUGAACAAAUUAAAUUGAAGCUAUAUAAAUACAAUUAAAAUCUACAAUAAAUAACAAAACUAUUUUGUAAAAGGGCUUUUAAAAAGACGGUCAUAUAAUAACAUAAUGAAACGUAACAUUUUUAAAACUACAUUAUGGAUUCAGAUUGUUUUACUUUACUUUCUCUUAAUAACAACUACGAUCUGGGCAGAGGAAAGAAAUUGGUCCCUAGAAUUGUUGGAAGUUAACGCGGAAAGCAGUAAUCGUGAUAUUUGUGAUUUAAAAUUCGAAAUUGUACGCAUAUCACGCGGUAUAUUUGCUAUGAAUGGCUUUGUAGACUUUAAAAUCGAUGUUGAUGAUAACGCUUUAUUUGAAGGCUUCUUGUAUCGCAGCAGUACAGUGCGCAACGAGUUUCGUAAGUUGUCCAUGGAAAUGUGUAAUGAAACUUUAACAGAGACAGUGAAUACAUUUUAUAAGACUUAUUUGAUGAAUGACAUACAGGAAUGUGCUACAAAUAUGCCAUAUUUGGAGAAAGAAUUUGUGGCGCCACUUACAAAACGUUAUGUGGAAAUUCGAAAUUGCACUAUAUCUAAUGAUAGUUUGCCAUCUCAUAUGGCAGAGGGUCUCUAUAGAUUGUUGAUAAAAGUUCAUGGAUCUAUCGAGGUAGUAUUUGAGGUGUAUUUUCGAAUUGAAGAGGAUUAGAAUUAGUGUUGGUGAAAUAACAAAUGACUGGAUACAAAUAAAAUGUUUAAACGUUUACCAAAGAUUUAAUUAACUAAAAAAAUUAUAUGAAAAAUAUAAAAUAAAUUAACAUAUAAAUGAAAAUAAAUGUUAUUAAAAUCAUCAUACAUUUCAACCAAAAUAAUAUCAACAUAAUGAUAUAUUACUUAUAAACAAAAUUUACAUAAACUUCCCAUAUUUUUCCAUUGCAAUCAAAGUAGCAACCGACAAAAAUUGAAAUUAAAAUAAAUUUAUAAAUUUGCAUAAAUUUUUGAAAAAUAAUCAUAAUAAACAAUUUCGAACAGGAAAUUAAGAUAUUAUUACAGCAGAAAAAAAAGAAAAACAAACUUUAUGAGACAAGUUUUUCUGUGAAGAAUUGCAAAUUACUUGCUCACAAAACAAAAGACUUAAGAGACAAACUUAAAAAUAAUGUUUAAUGGAUCCUCUAUAAUUCCAGUUUUUAUUUUUUGAAUUAUUUCAAAACAAUUGUUAACAAUUACAAUUAUUUAAAACCUCCAUUACAUUAAACUUUUAAUAUUCGUUUAGUUUUUCUUUUAUUAUUUUUUCCAUAUUUUUUUUCUUUUGCCUACAAUUGCUUACCGCCAAACGACCUUGAUAAAUAUCAAU